AUGCGUCCAACGGAGAUUCUCUCGUCCUCGCUCAAGUUCCUAUUAAGCAAAGAGUCUUUGCCUUUCUAUUUCACCUUGGGUUUGAUCUUCGCCAUCGCCCGCCUAUGCGACAACCGCCACAAACGCAGAUUUCCAGAAAUCAAUCCCAAAAAAGGCUUCAGCUUCACUGCUCAAAGUUGUAUACAAGACUUCGUAUCUCGAAGCAAGGAAACCCUGAUUGCUGCUCGAGCUCGCUACCGUGACCGGCCAUACAAGCUCCAUUGUGACUUGGGCGAGCUCAUUGUCGUUCCUCCCCGCCUCAUUCAUGAGCUUGGGAACAGUCCAAAACUGGAUUUCCGUCAUGUUGCUCGUGAUGACUCGCAUGCGUACAUCCCCGGCUUUGAUCCCUUUGACGCCGACGAUCGCCUCGCAUACAUUGUCAUGAAAUAUCUGACCAAGGCCUUGACUAAGCUUAUUGUGUCUAUAUCUGAGGAAACAACUCACGCCUUGCGGAGGGUUUUAACAGACUCGAUGGAGUGGCAUGAAAUGGAUCCCAAGAUAGACGUUAUCCGAGUCGUUUCACAAAUGUCCUGCCGCGUAUUCAUGGGAGAGGAUCUCUGCAAAAAUCAAGAAUGGGUCAAGGUCUCUGGCGACUACACACUUCAAGCCUUCCAACUAGGAGGCAAGCUUCUCUCCUGGCCCCGCCAGCUGCGCCCCCUUGUCCACUGGCUCAUGCCGGAAUGCUGGGAGCUGCGUGCCAGGCUGCAAAAGGCACGCCGUGUCUUGGCUCCGUAUCUUGAAGCGCGCAACGCACUGAAGAAGGAAGCCUUGAAAUCGGGGAUGGCUGCCCGCUUUGACGAUGCCAUCGAGUGGUUUGAAAAGGAGUACACGGGCGGCCACGAUCCCGCUACGUGUCAAAUCACGCUCGCCCUUGUCGCCAUUCACACGACCAGUGACUUGCUGGUACAGGUCAUGCUCGACCUCGCAGUGCAUCCUGAGCUUAUCGAGCCGCUCCGGCAAGAGGUUCUUGAGCUCAUGGAUAGCGUGGUUAAGGAAUCGCAACGUCUAAAACCGAUGGGACUAGUCUUACUUCGGCGCCUUGUACUUGAAGACAUUGAGCUAUCCGACGGCACCAAGUUCUACAAAGGAGAGAAACUCGUUGCUGACACUUUCCACAUGUGGAACUCGUCGAACUAUAAAGAAGGCGACAAAUACAACGGCUAUCGAUUCCUUGAAAUGCGGGAGGUAGCCGAUCAGGCCAAACACGCGCAUCUUGUGAGCACGAGCCCAAACCAUAUAGGUUUCGGGCACGGCCGACAUGCAUGCCCAGGUCGCUUCUUUGCAGCCAACGAGAUCAAGAUUGCACUAUGUCAUCUGCUUCUCAAGUAUGAUUGGAAGCUGCCUGAGGGAACGCGGCCGCAGCCGGUUGCGUGUGGGAUGGCGUUGCUGCCUGAUCCUACGGCCAAGCUUCUCAUUCGAAGACGGAAGGAAGAGUUGGAUCUAGAUUCUCUAGAAUGCUGA